AUGUCAUCACAAUCCACUUCAGCAUGGCGAUAUGACGGAAUAAUCUUAAUAAAGUACGUCACAAAAUGUUUUCGUUAUCAUAUUCAUAAUGUCAUCAUAUUUAAUAAAAAAAAACAACUAAAAACUGACCUGUUCAAUAUCUUCAUACAUGACUUUGAGUUUCCUUUUGCUCAAAAUCCUUUUAAUAAAACUUCAUGGAAUCGGAAUGCCAUUAAAUGGCAAGAAUUCUUCCUAAAUAAAUAUUAA